UGGAGCGGUAGGCGGUCGCGGAGUUGACAUCAUCGACGUGCGCUGCCACGUCUUCUCAUCUCCGUGGUAAUGGAGGCUGAGGAUGAAUGCUGACUGGGCCAGGCUCUGCCUUUAUCUUUAGCUGUGGCUCUGGCACUAAAUUGGGGUCGGGGUCUGAGUUUGGCAGUCUGAAGCCUGCACACUUCUCAAGAGGAAACAGGCUGUGUGCAAGCAGCCGGUUUGGAUCUCUUUAUCGUGGGGAGGGAAUUUCUUGCCUGGGGUCCUGUCUACAAAGCCUCCUCCUCCUAGGGAUCCCGCCCCACCGGCCGGACCUCCUCCAUGCAGUUGAAACAGCUUCACAACCAUUAACCUGGGUUGCAGCUACAGGUGGCACUGGAACCAGACUGGUCCCCGGACAUGCCCGGUGGAAGGAGGGGCCCUAGUCGGCAGCAGCUAAGCCGUUCAGCUUUACCUUCUUUACAGACUUUGGUUGGUGGGGGUUGUGGCAAUGGAACAGGCUUGAGAAACAGGAAUGGUAGCGCUAUUGGCCUUCCAGUCCCGCCUAUCACCGCCUUAAUCACCCCAGGUCCUGUUCGUCAUUGCCAAAUUCCUGACUUGCCUGUGGAUGGGAGCCUGCUCUUUGAAUUUCUGUUUUUCAUCUACCUAUUGGUUGCUCUGUUCAUUCAGUAUAUCAACAUCUAUAAAACUGUAUGGUGGUAUCCCUACAAUCACCCUGCAUCUUGUACUUCACUGAAUUUUCACCUCAUUGAUUAUCACUUGGCAGCAUUCAUCACAGUGAUGCUGGCUAGAAGGCUUGUCUGGGCACUCAUCUCAGAGGCCACUAAGGCGGGUGCAGCGUCCAUGGUUCACUACAUGGUUCUGAUAUCAGCUCGCUUGGUGCUGCUUACUUUGUGUGGAUGGGUGCUUUGCUGGACCCUUGUCAAUCUCUUUCGAAGCCAUUCAGUCCUCAAUCUGCUCUUCCUUGGCUACCCGUUUGGUGUUUAUGUUCCUCUCUGCUGUUUCCACCAAGAUAGCAGAGCUCAUCUUCUUCUCACAGACUAUAACUAUGUGGUUCAGCACCAGGCUGUAGAGGAAAGUGCCUCAACUGUGGGUGGCUUGGCCAAAUCCAAAGACUUCCUCUCCUUGCUACUGGAGUCUCUGAAAGAACAGUUUAAUAAUGCCACGCCCAUCCCCACACACAGCUGCCCUCUGUCUCCAGACCUCAUCCGUAAUGAAGUAGAGUGUCUGAAAGCAGAUUUCAACCACAGAAUCAAAGAAGUCCUCUUCAACUCUCUCUUCAGUGCCUACUAUGUUGCGUUUCUCCCCUUGUGUUUUGUGAAGCCUGGAUGGUGGAGUUCGGCUGCAUCUGGAGUGCACUUAUACCGCUCCUGGUUGGCGGAUAGAGCACCCAGUACUAUGACAUGCGCUGGUCAUGUGAGCACCUUAUCAUGGUGUGGAUCAAUGCUUUUGUCAUGCUCACCACACAACUGCUGCCAUCCAAAUACUGUGAUUUGCUCCACAAAUCAGCUGCACACCUGGGCAAGUGGCAGAAGCUGGAACACGGGUCCUAUAGCAAUGCUCCACAGCACAUAUUAGCACAGGCCUUCAAGCCCAGGAACUGAGAGAUUGGGCCAGGCUGAACAGAAACCUGACUGUGGGCAAGGACAGAUUUCAAUAAAAAUUGAAAAUCCAAUCCACAGUACUAGUACUGUACAUCUGCAGGCUCCUGAUGGCACAUGGCCAUGAGGUGUAUCAUCACUUAAUGCUGGUAAGUGUGAGCAAGGCCGGCGGAACAUUUCUCCACUGGGAAAGCUUCAGGGUGCUAGAAUAUAUAUUUUUAACAUAUAACUGCUGUCCCAGUUCUUACCCUAGGAAACUAACCUUCCGAAAAUCAGGAAGAAAAUAAUUAAUUUAAUUUUUGUUUUGUUUGGUUUUGUUUUUUAAAAAAAGAUUAACCUGAAGAUCCCCAUCCCCACCCCAACUCCAUUACAGUGAUGCUGGAGAGAGUGAAGCUAUUUAUUCCCUAACUUCUUUUCCCUAGAAAAAUAAACCAAGAGAGCGGUAAAAAGAAAAGUCUGUAUCAGUACCUCAUUGUGUCUGUGUGUUCUGCUGUAGAGCUUCCCACAUCUGUGAGGUGUUUGAAUUGAUAAGCAAACUGAUUUUCUUUAGUUUUGGGGAAUGUAAUUCUGCAGUAAAAGUCAUGCUAGUUGACAGUGUUAAUUUCUCUUCUGCUCUUACUGCCAUCAGCUUCCUCCUAUUUUUCCCAUCAUUUCUGUCAGUAGACUCUGCUUACUUGGGAUGGAGAUGACAGUCUGCCUGCUUACACUAUUUUCUUGCCCAUAGAUGCCUUACUUAAACAUAUGUCCACUUAUUCUUCUAAGCCUUUUAAGUUCUUUGACAUUAACUUUAUCACUCUGCAGUCUGUCUGUACACUAAAGCAAUGAAGUUACUCUAACAAAUCCAUUCUAACUCCUAGUUUGACCAUGAAUACUGUAUUUUCAGAAUUCAGACAGAUGAAGCCUUGAGUAGUUAUAAUCCCUUCCAUUAAACUAUAACUAUACUUGCCAGACACUAUCUUGUCUGUAAUUGUCAAUAUGCUAACAUUGCCUUUCUUUCUCCCUUAGUUGGUCAGAAAAUACAAUAUGGCCUCAAGGGGUGCUGGUGCGGCACAGCAGAUGUUUAUAUAGAGCCAUGGGGCCUUACAA